AUGAGAUAAUGCCUAUUGAGUCAUAUUAUUCCAAGGGUCUGUGGUUCUGUCCUCCAGUUGUCCUCUUAGUCUUGUCUCCCUAAGUCAACUAGAGGUAUUCUUCUCUUCUUGACCCUAGAAGACCGUACCAUGUACAAUGCUAUGUGUUUACAUAGUAGGUAUGCAAUGAAUGACCUGUAGGAUGAAUAUGAGCUCUGUGAGGACAGCAGGGGUGGUGACUGUCAAGUCCAGCACUGACUUGUGGGUACCAGGCACAUAGAAAUUAUUUCAUACGUAGAUGUUGAAAGGCUGAGCACAAUGACCUGGACACCUUUAUUUGAGGGGUACAAGGUACCAUUCAUUUGGGUUUUGUUAGCUGGACUAUGUAUAGAAGAAAGGUCUGUUCACUUUGUUUACAGAAGGAAUCUUUAGUGCGAGGUCAAGGAGUUUUAAAGAUGACGGUGGAGGGCAGAAACCUGAGACAGAGCACAGUAGAUUGGGUUCUCAAAGGUUGGGAAAUCAUCUUCUGUGUUCGCUCUCAAAAAUGGGAAGUAGGAGACUCUGAGGGGAAAUAAAGGUAACUCUACUUUUGUCUCCUUCUUUUCUCCAUCUUCAUCCCUUACAUUCACCAAAACCACCAGUUGCUCCCAAGCCAAAGACUGCCAGUCCUCUCACGUUAGUAACAGCACCCAAAUUUCCUUCGUCACCCCGGCCCGAUAGUCCUCACAGUUCUAACUCCAUGUCUAGGGGGCCAAAACCCCUCAUUGCCCCUAAACCCAGGCUGGCCGCCCCCGACUAUUGGAGAGCCAGCAUCUACUUGAUCAACAGCUUGAACAAGUGCAGCAACGGGAAGUUGGUGUGUGUGGACAGGGGGCUUUAUGAAAAGCACCUGUCCAACCCGGAGUGCUCUGAAUCCGAGGGGGAUGAGGAUUGCAUCAUGGUCCCUGGGGUUCCCCCAAAAGAGGAUGAACCCAGGGAUGGGGGCCCUGCAGAGAAUGCAGUCAUGAUGCCUCUGGAUGCCACUGGGGAAGAAGAGUGUCAGGAGGGAGGUGGGGAGUGUGACAUGAAGGGAGCAGGAGCCGCUGAGGACGUCGCAGCCCCAGGUGACCUGGUUCUGAGUGGAGAGGGUGAUGAAGCCCUCACUCCUGAGGACUGUGUCCCUGACCUGGGUGCAGAAGAGCAGAAGUUAGCAGUUGAGGAAGAAGUGCAGCUGGUAGAAGGACACAACAUGGACAGCCUGGCAGACAGGAGCUCCUGGGAUGGAGAGGCGGUGCUCCUGAGCUAUAUCAUCCUGACUCACAUUGAUCUAGAAGAUCGCCAGCUCACUGGCGAGGAGCCCGGGUCCCCCGGGACACCCCCAGGGGCAGAAGAGGGUGGUGAGGAAGGCUGCACUCAUGCAGAGCCAGGGACGCCAGACGAGUGCGUGGAUUCAGACAGGCCAGCCCAGGGAGAUGUUGAAGAUGCCAGUGAGACCCCCUCAGAGAAUGACGGAUUGGUUGUGGGAAAACUAGAGGCAGAGAUGGGCACACACAGCCCUCAAAUCUCCAAGGAGUGUGAAAAUGCCACAGGCAGCUGCAACCACAGUGAUGAGGAUGAACCACCUGACUGAUGUGAGAAAACCAGCCAAAAAGAAAUGGCAGCCACCCUGGACAUGGGAGGAGACCCCUGGGAAGGUGAAGGCCCCAUGCAGGAGGAACCUGCCGAGGACAGCUGCCAGAUCAUUCCUUUAGAGAAUGAGUGUGUGGACAACUUUGUGACUUCACUCUCAGCAAGUCCCUAUGAGUUCUUCCCAACCGAGAGCACCUCCUUCUGUAGCAAAAUCUACUCCCCCUUUCUGGAGUCAGCAAAAGGCCUAGAGUCUGAGCAGGAAGCACAGCCAGGAGAAUGUGCAGAGCAGGCCCCUGGGGCUGGGGCACAGCAUGGACAGCGUGGCUCCCUGCAGGGUGGCACUGGGAAAGGCCCCUCUGUCCCUGAUGUGGUGGUCAUGCCAGAGGGCGAGGAUGCUGCUGAGAACACAAUCACCAGCCCCUAUGAGAUGGGAGUCAGCCUGCCAUGUGGGGCUGACCCAGGGGAGGAAGAGAAGCUGAGCACACAGGCUGCCCAGGAUGGUCACGGCACCAAAGAGGAGAUGACCUCGGAUGCUGAGGGUGGGCUGGCCGCCAUUGACAGGAAGAACAUGAUCUCAAGGGCUAGGCCCCACUCCGGGAAGAUGUCAGGCUAUGUCCUGGAAACUGUCCCUGAAGAAACCGGGUCAGAAGCUGACUUGUCAGUCAUUAGCAUCAGAGGUGCCACCAAGAAGCACGAAAGAGUUUUGUCGUUGGAGGGGAAGCCGCUGGAAGCCGGCAGGGCCUUGCCAGCAAUGCCCAGAGCCUUCACUUUGUACCCUCGGUCAUUCUCCAUGGAAAGCCGAGAGAUUCCAGUCUCCUUGUCCCGGGAGCAGGACGCAUCCAGCUUAGAGGACCGCAAGAUCAAAAGGAGGGACGACAGCCUUUCAUUGCCUGGUGUGAUUGGCUCCUCUGGGAGCUUCUCCCACAGGUGGCACCUCCCGUCCAGUGGCACCUCCGCACCAUCUUCCUUGGUCGACAUCCCACCCCAUUUCGACCUGGACUGCAUCACCGAAAAGCCCAUCACGAAGAGCCCCCACUCCCUGCUGAUAGAGAGUGAGCCCUUGGACAAGUACACCAAGAAGAAGAAGUCGUCCUUUAAGCAGUUCCUGGCACUGAUGUUCAAAAAGAAGACAGAGAACAAAGUGCAUGUGGAUGUCAGCAUGUCCUCUUCCAGGUCCUCUUCAGAAUCCAGCUACCACAGGCCUUCCAGGCUUCUGGAAAUUGACCGGAGGAGCCUCAGCAACUCGCCCCAGCUUUAGGCUCGGACUGGCAAUCUCUGGGCCUCUGAGUCACCCUCCUCCCUCAUCUUCUACAGGGACGGCAAGAGGAAAGGUGUCCCUUUCAGCAGGACGGUGUCCAGGGUGGAGUCCUUCAAAGACCAAUCCCAGCCCCUCUUUCUGCCCUUGCCUCUGACCAAGCCACGGUCCAUCUCAUUCCCCAACGCUGACACUUCAGACUAUGAGGACAUUCCAGCCAUGAACUCGGACUAUGAGAAUAUCCAGAUUCUGCCCUGGAGGCCUGCAAGGGCUGGGACGUUUACAAAGCUGUUUGAGAGCAGAGCCCUGUCCAUAGCCAAUGAAAACGAUGGCUACGUGGACAUGAGCAGCUUCAACGCCUUCGAGAGCAAACAGCAGAGCAUAGACCAGGAUGCAGAAAGGGACUGUGGGACUUCACCACACCACUUUGGCAUAACACCUCCAAGACGAUUUCCAAUCCAGCAGGCCCAGUAUUCCUGUGUGCUUCCCACGCUGUGCCGGAAUGGCAGUCAUAGGAAGCAUGUGCUGUCUCCUGGUAAUUCCAGAGUGGUGUGCAGGUCUUCGACAGUGAGGAUUGCUCCUCCCGGGAGCAACCUGGCUCGUUUUCCAAUAGCAGUGCAGACCCCAGACCCGUGGUCAAAGGAGGCUGUUCUGCUUGCCCUGGAACGUUGGAAGAGGAAGAGAAGGACAGUGGAGGAGGAGGAAGACCAAACAUCUGCUGCUGGUCAGGAGGACAAAAGAAGGUGCCAUGACAGCAGUGGAAGUGGCCAUUCAGCUUUUAAGCCCGAGGUGGCCAACGGAGUCCCUGCUGCUUUUGUGCCUGAGCCUGGGCCUCUGAAGAGAGGCCUCAGUUCCCAGAGCUCAGAUGGCGAGCUGCAUAAGAGAACCUGCACCUCUGCUGUGAGCUGCUCGAAGGGCACGUGCGCAUGUGGCAUCCGUAUGUCCAGCUGCAAUGCCAUUACCAGUUCCUACACUUCUACUGGAGGCAUCUCUCAGCCUCCAGCUCCCUGGAUCGGCCGCUCCAUCACGGUUGAAGAGUAUUACCAGGAGAAGCAAGCUCAGUCACAGUGGCUGAAGAGGAUCUUAGAGGAUAAGACUGGCCCCACCCUGAAGCCCAGUGUUCUCUUUGGAAUGCUGAGCAGACCACCUGGUAACCCUUCUGCCUUGGCAGCUCCUGCUGUGUCUUCAGCACGUCCCAUGUUCAAGCCCAUCUUUGUGCCUCCACCUAAAAGUGGGAAGGAGGGUCCUGUGACAUCCAGCCAUUCCCAAGUCACAACAGAGGCAUCUUCCAGCUCUGCCCACACCCUGACUAGUAGGAGACUGCCCCUCACUUUCAGUCCUGUUUUUAGCAGCACAGGGCUACCUACAUCUUUGCCCUUGUCAACUCCUUCCUCCUUCAGUCAGACAACUACUUCAGGCACUAGCAUGAAUACCCCUCUGUUCCAUGGCCUGGACAGUGUCAGUGUCCCCUCAGCACCGGCUUGGGGGACCACCACCGGCACAGCCACAGACUCUGCCCAGAAGCCUGUCUUUGGCUUUGGUGUGAGCAGUGUGACCAGCACUGUGAGCAGCAUGACCAGCCCCACUGCUUCCACUGCCCAGCCUGUCCUCUUUGGGUCCCCCCUUGCCUCUGCUGCCAUCUGCCCAGCCAUGGGCUCCAUACUCCAGUUUGGCACUCUGGCCAUGCCUGCUCCAACAACAGCCAUCACCUUCAGCCAGUCCCGGCCCGGCGCCAUCCAGACAGCUGCUGGCAGCAGCACCGCCAGUUUCGGUGGCUUCAGUGGCACCCUCACGACCUCCGCCCCCAUCACCCAGAGCCAGCCUGCACUGACAUUUAGCAGCACUACCACCCUAGCCUUCAACAUUCCCUUUAGUUCUGGCACCAGGCCCCCCGUCCCAUCCUAUCCUGGAGUCACCCCACAGCACACGUUCAGAGUCACUGACAGACAGCAGAUGUGGACUGCCAGCCAGCACUGGCCCCCAGCUUCGACAGCUCCUUUCCAUUUGGAAGCUCAGCAGCCCUACCCCCUCCCCAGCCAGCAUUUGGCAGCACUGUGUGGUCAGGUUUUCAUGGGUUGAAACCCGCAGCCUCUCUUUUGGGCACCAUCUCCAGCACCCAGUCAGCCUUUGGCAGCACCACAGCUGUUU